CUGUAGAGGCAGUACCUCGCUCACUCACCACACUCAUCUCACCUCACUCCUAUACUACAUCUCAACCGGGGUGAUACGAGUUGACAAGUAGGCCUCGACCACUCUGCUGCAGUUAAUCUCCACAUCAACUGUUACCGAAAUCCGAGUCUACUGCAUCAAAGCUCGACCGGCCAACCGAGAUUGACCCGACCCUGCCAUGAGUUUUCUCUCUCUCAAGAGUUGGAGACGGAACAAUGGCGCCUCCAGGUUGUUGGUGCAGCCGUUGCCUCGUUCACAGCAGCAGGCUGCCAUUAUGACCACUUACAACGAGUUGGGCCUUGCCUAUACGGUUUACCAAUGGCCGCAAGUGUGGUGAUACAGCAUGGCGGCCAUGCGCUUUUCCUGUCGUGUAGGUUCGGAAUCAGUCUCACCCACUGCCUGGUUUCCACUACACCGCCGCGAGUUCAUGUACCUUGCCUGGGCUUACCUUACUUAUACGGAUCAUGCCGUGUUCGCUACACCCACCGGCUGCUCCCAUGGUGCCGGCUACACCACCUACGCCAGCUCCUUUUCCCUCUUGCUUUUCCAACAGCAAGAUCGGUCUAUUGACAGCACUAGUCUAGGGGUCACCAGGUGCACCAUUGUCAAAUAGCACAAAUAUCACGGUCUUAUCGCAACCCAUGUUGGCCAUUUGGGAUACUUAGCUGCUCACAAAUAUUUCCCCUUGUAGAAUAUCGAAGUUUUUCCCAAGGCUGGCCCAACACGAUGCUACCCUCAUCCAUAUACCCCU